UGCAUCAGGGAACACAGAGAAAAGGUGGUAUACAGGAAGGUAUCAAGCUUAAUCAGAAGAUCUUAACGGCAAAAUUAUAUUACUUUUUCUUAUAAUAUAAUUCCUUACUUGCUCCUUAAUGAGAUGAUAUUCCUUACUUGCUCAACCUUUUGGGAUCUAUAACAGCAACCACUCUCUCCUACAGCAGAGAUUCCUUCUACACAUCAAUUUAGAGUCUAGCAAAAAAUUUUCAAUUUUCCCUUGAUACUUACACAAAUUUUACUUCCUUUGAAAGUGUUUUGGUUUUGCUUCCCAAAAAAAAAAAAAAAAAGAAAAAGAAAAAAAAGAAAAGAAAAGAAAACAACAACAACAAUGGCAGUGGGAGAGAUCUUCCUCACAGAGUUCGUGCAGGUGCUGAUUCAGAAGUUGACGUCUAGGGAGCUACUAAACUUUGUCCGCCGUGAGAGUGUUCAUGAAAAGCUGAAGAAAUGGAGCACGACAUUUUCGAUGAUUAAAGCGAUGCUCUCUGAUGCAGAGGAGAAGCAGCUGACAAGCGAGGUGGUGAAACACUGGCUGGAUGACAUCAAAAACUUGGCUUAUGACGUGGAAGAUGUACUGGACAAGUUUUUUGCCGAACUGCUGCGAUGCAAGAUAGAAAAUUUGCAUCGAGAUAGCACAAGUAAGGUAUGGGGCUUAAUCCCUACUUGCUGUACUAUUUCUAGUCCUGCUGCAUUUGGAUUAUUCAUGUUAAAAAUGAAUUCUGAAAUUAAAGAAAUCACUGGCCGCUUAGAAGAUAUAACUGAGAGGAAAAAUAAGCUUGGUUUGAAUGAUAUUGGGAGAUUUGAGAUUGAAUGGAAAAGGCCACCAAGCUCAAGUUUGCCUGAUGGUCAAGUAAUUGGAAGAGAUGAAGACAAGAAGAAAAUAGUUCAAUUACUGUUAACGGAUCAGCAAAGCAAUCUCAAUUUCGAUGUAGUUGGCAUAGUUGGGAUGGCUGGAGUUGGAAAGACAACACAUGCUGGUUUGGUGUUCCAUGAUGAUGCCAUGAAGUAUUUUGACAUAAAAGUUUGGAUCUGGGUUAUACUUCAAUAUGUUUCGGAUGACUUUGAUUCUAUGAGGUUAACAAAGGCAAUUCUUAAGUCAAUCAAUUCAUCAGAAAGUGAGAAUAAUGACGACUUCAGCAAUCUUCAGGAACGUCUGAGUAAAGCAUUGGCAGAUAAGAAGUUUUUGAUCGUUUUAGAUGAUGUUUGGAAUAGCAAGAAUGAUCUCCAUGAUCUCUGGGUAAAGGUGCGAUGCCUUUUUAGAUUUGGAGCUCCUGGAAAUAAGAUAGUUGUGACAACAAGAGAGGUAAAUGUUGCAAAGUUGAUGGGAGCAAUUCAACAUCAUAAUUUGGAGUGCGUAUCAGAUGAUGAUUGUUGGCAGGUAUUUGUGCAACAUGCAUUCUUCAUAAGAAAUACCAGUGAACUGCCAAAUUUGGGAUCAGUGAGGGAUAAAAUUCUUGCAAAAUGCAAUGGGUUGCCCUUGGCUGCACGUAGUUUUGGAGGCCUUUUCCUUUGCAAAGAAAUAAAUGAAUGGGAGGAUAUUUUGAAGAACAAAUUAUGGACCUUAUCAGAUCAUAAUAACAUUCUGCCAAUGUUAAGAUUAAAAUACUACCAUCUCCCUACACAUUUGAAAAGGUGUUUUUCCUACUGUGCCAUACUACCAGAAGACUACGAAUUUGAGGAAAAACAAUUGAUUCUCUUAUGGAUGGCAGAAGGGCUGAUUCAUCAACCAGAAGGGACUAGACAUAUGGAAGAUUUGGGCAAGGAGUAUUUCCGUGAGCUAUUGUCAAGGUCAUUCUUUCAUAAAUCAAGAAAGAAUGAAUCAAAAUAUGUUAUGCAUGACCUCAUGAAUGAUUUGGCUCAAUGGGUUGCUGGAGAAACAUGCUUUAGGUUGGAAGAUAAGCAGGAUGGUGAUAACCAAUGCAGAAUUUUUGAAAAGGCUCGUCACUCAUCUUAUAUUACAGCUGGGUGUGAUGGCAUUCAAAGACUCGAGGCCUUCUCCAAAGUCAAGCAUCUGAGGACUUUCCUACCACUUGGACAAUCAUAUUAUGAGAGAAAACACAUCGCUAGCUACUUUACUCUUCAAAUAUUGCCAAAAUUACAAUAUCUAAGGGUGCUAUCUCUGAACGGCUAUCACAUAACUGAGCUACCAGAUUCAGUUGGUGAACUAAAGCUUUUGCGGUACCUUGACCUUUCUUACACACAUCUAAGGAGCUUGCCUGAAUCGAUAGGUAGUCUUUACAAUUUUGCAGACAUUGUUGUUAGAAUGCUGCACAAAUCUACAUGAAUUGUCCACUGGAAUGAAGAAUCUAAUCAACCUUCGCCACCUCAACAAUUCAAAUUAAGAGUCUUUGAAAGGAAUGCCUCCAGAUCUUGGAAAAUUGACUAACCCCCAAACUUUACCUAACUUUGUUUUGGGAAAAGAGAGUGGCUCGUCGGGAAUUGGGGAGUUAGGACCUCUACUGCAUCUUUGUGGGACACUAAGCAUCUCAAGACUAGAGAAUGUGAAUGGAGUUGAGGAUGCAACAAUGGCCAACUUAGGUCAUAAGAAUGGCAUUGAUGGAUUGCUACUAGAAUGGAACAAAGGAGAAAUUGCUGAUCUGGAUGUCCUUAGAAGUCUACAACCUCCUAGGAUGCUCAAGGAGCUUACUGUCAACGGGUAUGGCGGUGUGAGAUUCCCAACUUGGAUGGAAAAUCCUUCAAUAUUCUCUAAAAUGGUGCUAAUGAGGUUAGAAGAUUGCAACGGAUGCAGAUUGUUGCCCCCACUUGGACUAUUGGUCUCACUAAAAAAGCUUAUUAUAGUAGGAAUGUCUGGGGUAGAAAACAUUGGCAGUGAUUUUUAUGGAGUGGGUUGCUUGAAGCCUUUUCCCAUAUUGGAAAGCCUUUCCUUUGAGACUAUGGAAAAUUGGGAAAACUGGUCUCAACUUGAAACUAAAGCUGGGAUUGAAGGGUUCCCUCAACUGAAAGAGCUCUCUUUAAGAAGAUGCCCAAAGUUGAAUGGUAAAUUACAUGAGUCCCUUCCUUCAUUAGAAACACUUGUGGUACGUGGAUGUGAGCAGUUGGUAAUUUCAAUUCCAGCAGAGGGAUUAACAAGAUUAAAAGAUUUGAAGGUGCAUGGUUGCAAGGAGAUGUCAUCUGUGUGCCAGGAUGAAUUACGACAGCUGACUUCUCUUGAGCAUUUACAAAUUGAUGAUAGCUCGUUGCGGCAUCCUACACUAAUGCGGGUUGGAGAAGAAGCGAGACAGGUAGAAUUAUGUUUGCCUACCAAAGUUCAAACUCUGGAAUUAAGUUACUUUUGCAAUCUUGUUAAGGUACCAGAAGUGAUGCACCUAACAUUACUUGAAGAGCUGCACAUAUUUGGCUGCACAAGUCUCACUUGUUUUCCAAAGUCUGGUUUGCAGUCUUCUCUCAGAGUUUUGUGGAUUGAAAGUUGUGAAAAUCUGAUAUCAUUGGUGAGAGACGACGAGUACAGCAGCAAUUGCACACCACCACCUAAUUCUAAUUCUAAUUGUCUGGAGUUAUUGAAAAUACAAAAUUGUCCAUCUCUUAAAUCCAUUUCAUCGGCUGUUACUGGCAGUUUGCCAGUAAGGUUUAAAAACCUUUACAUUAAGUAUUGCCAUGCUCUCGAGCGUUUAUCCUCAGGCAAGUUACCAGGCACCCUUAGAAACCUUGAAAUCCAUUACUGUUAUAGUCUGAUUUACAUAUUAUCCGAGGGUGAGCUACCCGAGGCCCUUGAAAGCCUCCGUAUUGAAGGUUGCAAAAUGUUAAAAUCCUUGAAAUCUUUGGAGGCCGGAUUGCCCAAAGCACUUAGAAGGCUUUGCAUCGUUUUUAAUCGAUAGCAGAUAAGUUUGACGACAUUAAUGCUACUUGUCUUGAAUCUAUUGAGUUAUCUCAUUGCAGAAACCUUAGGUCAAUACCUGAGGGCCUCCACCAUCUCAUCAAUCUUAGUGAACUAUGUAUUAUAGAAUGUAAAAAUCUAGUUCCUUUGCGAGAAGGAGGGCUGCCAGCUUCAAACUUGAGAGAACUCGUCAUUGAUACGGUAGCAUAUCCCAAAGGCAUGCUGCAAGACCUCAUCUUUCUACAAAAAUUGGAGAUUCCUUACAGUGAAGGAUUGACGAGGCUUUUAGUAGAAGAGGGUUUUCCACCAAACUUAAUUUUCCUUAUCAUUUAUGAUCUCAAGGAGAUUAAGCCACUCUUCCACCGUAGAUUCUUGCAUAGACUCACGUCUCUUAGAUCCCUUAGUUUGAUUGGUGAAGCUACAGAUAUGGUGUCCUUUCUUCCUGAACCUGAAAAUGAGCAUGAAAAGGAUGGGAGGAUGGGGACGCUGAUGUUACCAAAGUCUCUCAUCUCCCUCCAUAUUUCAGAGUUCGAGAACCUGGAGAAGUUAUCCACUGGAUUUCAAUGUCUCACCUCCCUUCAGUUUCUUUCCAUCCGGGCCUGCAAGAAGCUCAAAUCUUUACCAGUUGGGGGUCUCCCUCUUUGCCUUACUGACCUUGUAAUCCAUAAUUGCCCACUGUUAAAGAAACAGUGCACAAGGUAUGCGGGUCCACUCUGGCCCCUUAUUGCUCAUAUUCCUGGUGUUCAUUUCUUCAAUUAGCUAGCAUUAAACUAGCCUAAUAACCUGCGCCUCACAUUCUCUUAUAGCUCACAGUACUUUUGCUCUUUUCUUAUUUAUUUCUUUCUUAGUUAUAGCUCAAGGUAAAUUGAAUGUGUCAAUUUCUAGCGUUAUAGGAUCAUGUUUCGAUAGGACAGGAUAAGAAAUCUGAGCUAUGUAACGUUUUUCAGCAGUCAUUUCUUGAUGGUUUUCAACUUUUGUUCUUACAUUUACUUUUGUAUGGGAUGGGAUUGGCAGGAUCAAGUUCCCAAUAAGCUUCAGGCCAGUAUUUUAUUUUAUUUUUUUUUUAUUAUUAUUAUUUUGUGAUAAAGAAUAAGCUUCAGGCCAGUAAGACUUUAAAACACACCCAAUAUCACAUAUUUGAAAUACCAUUAUGGUUGUCUGUUCACUUUCUUGCUAAUUUCUAUAUGAUAUUUUGCAUCAGAUAAUUUUCAAUUAAAAAAGAAGAACAAGUUUCCAUUUUUUUACUUUUGCCUUCAUUUUCUUGUUCUAACUUGGAAAGCUAAAAGUUCAAUAACAAAGUAAAGCGUCCCAAGCAAAGGCUUACACCGAAGAAAACAGAUGUUUGCUUUCCAGACCAAACAGAUGAUGUUUUUGGCACUUCAAUAAAUCUGUCUCUAUUAUUUGUAUUUCUUGCAGAAACUGAUGGAAGCUAGAAUUCAAGAAAAAUCUCGGUACUCUGAUUAUUGGUUUACAACCAUAAUUCUUCUUUUAUGAAUACAGCAACCAAUUAACAAACCAAAAUGUAACCAAAUACCAAUUUCCUCACUCAUUCCAGAAGAAAAAUUAUUUCUAUUUAAAUAUAAAAUUAACUUACAACAUUUUGGUGUGAUUGAAUUUCUUUUAUC